AUGCUGCCAAGGGGAAAAAAGAUGGUUGCCUUGGUGUCAAGGAAAAGUGCGCUAAAUAUACCUGCUGCUGAAAAUAACUUUGUAACAUUGCUGCAAUCAAAAAGCACUCCACCUAUUCCUGGUGUGCAAAUAAGCAAGAUACCACAUGAUAAAAAUACUACUAAAGGGACCUUAUUAGCUGCUACUGAGGUCUGUGAAGUGAAUCUUCGUACGCCUGCACAAGUGCAAGAGAAUGACACUACUCGAGAUUUAGCUGUUCAGACGCCAUCUAGGGAUGACACAGAAAAAAGAAUGGGAAUCUAUCAGUUUUUAGACUCUUUGCCAAGAAUGGAAUUGCACUACUGCCAUGCUAAAACAAGCAAAGUGUAUUUAGAACCAAUGUGGGAAAGCAAGAGUAAACUUUACAGAGAAUAUGGGCGUGUCUGCCAAAAGCAGCAACUUCAACCAGUAUCAAAAGUUCUUUUUCAUGUAGUUUUUAAAAAUAAGAAUAUUGGGUUUUUUCUUCCUAAAAAAGAUCAGUGUGAGAUUUGCCUAAAACAUAAACUGGGUAAAAUAAGAAACGAAGAAUACGAUGAUCACCAAAACAGGAAAGUUGAACCCAGAAAUAAAAAAGAAACAGAUAAAGAAAGCGCUGAAAACUCAAGUGAAGUGCAAGUUUAUGCUGUUGAUGUGCAAAAAGUUCUCCAAAUAUAA